CGCACUAGCAGUGUUCCACAGGGUUCUUCGUGUAGGGCCAUCUUUGGUCGUCCUCGCCGGUGACAGUGUGGACCAUAUUCCACUGUUCAUUUACACCAGAAGAUAAAUUAAUAAAAUAUAAACUUGAAACGCCAUCUAACUGACAAACUGUUGUGUAAAGAAAGAGUGUUCGUUUGCAUUUGCUUUAGCGCUGAUUAUUUCUCUCAAUCUCUUUCAAUUUUACAAAGCAAAAGAGGGCGAGACAGGAGAGGCGGUGAUACAACAUGGAUGAGGAAUAUGAUGUGAUCGUUUUGGGCACCGGACUUACAGAAUGUAUUCUGUCUGGGAUCAUGUCUGUGAAUGGGAAGAAGGUUCUCCACAUGGACAGGAACCCCUACUAUGGAGGGGAGAGCUCCUCCAUCACUCCCCUGGAGGAGGUGUACAAGCGCUUCGACCUCACAGACAGCCCCCCCGAGUCGAUGGGACGAGGACGUGACUGGAACGUGGACCUCAUCCCCAAGUUCCUGAUGGCCAACGGUCAGCUUGUGAAGAUGCUGCUAUACACAGAGGUGACUCGAUACCUGGACUUCAAAGUAGUUGAAGGUAGUUUUGUCUACAAGGGAGGGAAGAUCUACAAGGUGCCAUCAACUGAGACUGAAGCGCUUGCUUCAAAUCUCAUGGGGAUGUUUGAGAAAAGAAGGUUCCGGAAGUUCUUAGUGUUUGUGGCCAACUUUGACGAGAACGACCCUAAGACCUUUGAGGGCGUCGACCCCAAGCUAACCACCAUGAGGGAUGUUUACAAGAAGUUUGACCUUGGGCAAGACGUCAUCGACUUCACCGGCCACGCCCUGGCCCUGUACAGGACAGACGACUAUCUUGACGUCCCCUGUUUGGAGACAAUCAACCGUAUCAAGCUGUACAGUGAGUCCCUGGCCCGGUAUGGGAAGAGCCCUUACCUCUACCCCCUGUACGGACUGGGGGAGCUGCCCCAGGGCUUUGCAAGGCUGAGUGCAAUCUACGGAGGAACCUACAUGCUGAACAAACCUGUGGAGGAGAUAGUGAUGGAGGAUGGCCACGUGGUUGGAGUGAAGUCAGAGGGAGAGGUGGCCAGAUGCAAGCAGCUGAUCUGCGACCCCAGCUACAUCCAGGAUCGUGUGCGUAAGGCUGGUCAGGUGAUCCGUGUCAUCUGCAUCCUCAGCCACCCCAUCAAGAACACCAAUGAUGCCAACUCCUGCCAGAUCAUCAUCCCUCAGAACCAAGUCAACCGCAAGUCAGACAUCUAUGUGUGUAUGAUCUCCUAUGCCCACAAUGUGGCGGCCCAGGGCAAGUACAUCGCCAUCGUCAGCACCACGGUGGAGACCAGCGAGCCGGAGGCUGAGAUCGAGCCUGCUCUGGAACUUCUGGAGCCCAUCGACCAAAAGUUUGUGGCCAUCAGUGACCUUUAUGAGCCGACAGACGACGGCACUGAGAGUCAGAUCUUUGCCUCCCGAGCCUAUGAUGCCACCACUCACUUUGAGACCACCUGCAACGACAUCAAGGACAUCUACAAGCGCAUGACCGGAAGCGACUUUGACUUUGAGAAUAUGAAGCGCAAACAAAAUGAUGUGUUUGGGGAGGAUGAGCAAUAAGAAGGGCAGGGCUCCAAGAAAGGGAGGGAAUCUGAAAACAGUAAAGAAAGGGCAGAACCUCUGGUGGAGGGUGGCGAGACAGGGGGAAGGUGGCGUUGAGUGGAAUGAAGGGGAGGACGAGGUCUUGGUAAGGUAGGGUUGAUGAGGGGUGGGGGUUCAGUCUUAAGUCAUCCUCCUUUUUCUUAUGCUCUUCCUUCUUCUGGCACGGCCUCUGACUCAAACAUGUUACCACACACAUACACACACACACACAUACACACACGCACACACAUUGUUCCCAGACUCACAUUCCCUAUCUCUAUCACUGAAACGCAGGGUUGAUAUGGUCUUUUCAUUCCAUUGUAGAUUCUAUAAACAUGUCUUGAGUCUUACUAUUAGGAGAGGUUGACCUGUUCACUGUUGGUGCAGUUUCAAAGCCUUUAACUCUUUCUUCAUGUGUUUGGUCUGUCCUCUCAUUGCUGGUAGGCUAGGGAGCUGAAGAGACAAAGACAUCAACAUUGUUUAAAGCUGGUGUCAGAAGAGAUAAACAGUGUCGUGUAAAACCUGCAGUUUUGCCAUGACUGUUUGCUCCUUCUCUGAAUCUGUCACCUCUACUUGGCAUGCAUGCAUCUUUUUCACACAGUAGUAUUGUACAUAGAACAUGAAGACACUGCGGUAUGAAGGCUGGGCCAUUCCACGCAUCCCUCCUGUCAACCCUGCUUUCACCUUCUUACUUGGUCUUUUACCUGUGUUAUUUCAAUAGACUGCUCCUUUUGUGGCAAAUCUCUCAGUCAGGCAAAAUGUAUUGAAACAUUAUAUAUCAAUGGGCUGUUCUGUCAACUGAUAGUGCUCACUUUGCAAUGCUGUUGUGUACCCUGUGCUAUAGCAGGCAAGCUAACCGGUGGCUAACUGUUGUCCCCUAAAACUGUUUUUGUUUAUACAUGUGUGAUGUCAGAGUUGACUUUGAAUUGUUUACUUUCUUACGUUUUAAAUUAUUAAGAAUUUUAUUUCAGAAUAUUUGGUGCACUUCUCACAAGCUGAAGUUAUGAAGUUUACUGAGUUGGUAUGGAAAUUGCGUUGUGACACUCUAAAGUGGACUUAACAUUAAAAAGGGAAGGUGAAAGGUGAUGCGAGGGAUGGUUUGGCAUGUUGGUAGGGUUACACAUGAAGAGUGGUAGAUUUGAAAUGAAAGACAUUGAUUGAAAAGGAGGCCUGACGUUGUUGAGAUGCAAAGAGGGUGAUGAGAAUGUAUACUUGAGAUGUUGCAGGCUUGAUAUCAGGACCCUUAUGAGUGAAGAAGGAAGACUGAAUUUUCGGCUUGUAGUGAAAGCACCAGAUCAUGUCUAGGUUGUUGGAAUGCUUGUGUAUGUCACCGAAGUAGAUCAAUCCCCCAAUAAACUAAACCCUGUGAUAACCCUUAGAGUAGACAGCAGGGAACGCUGGACACUCCCAAAGUAGUACUCUGUAGCAUAAAAGUCCUGAGCCAUGGUUUAAAAGUGCCACCCCACAAGAAUGAACCAAUAUGUUUUACUUGGUUUUAGCCUUAAUUUGGGGUCUUAUCCAAUAUUUUUUGAAUCUCUCAAGAUUGGACCAGUACAUUAAAAGAAGGCAGAGGCCACUGCACCACUGACUGUUAUGACGAGGGUAGUCUGUUGUGAGAUGGACAGCUUGAAGCAGUCUUUUUACCCCCCCACACAGGAAGUCUAGUUCAGUGGUCUUGUCUCUGCAGUUGGCACUACAAACAGUGUCAUAUAUGGCGACCUCCAUUGUGUUUUGAGUUCUCCUGCUUGGCAGUUGUGUUUUACCCCUCUGUGUUUACAUACUUCAGGUUUAAAGAGCGGUCUGAAGCCUAGUUAGUGAAUCAGUGAGUUACUGUACAUAUCAGUGGAAGACAGAUGAGAUGCUACACCCUUACCCAUAACACAUUAACCAAGGUUGAGUUGGCACUAUACUCCUCUUAUAUGACCGUGCCCUUCAGCACUCCCUCAAUGACUCUAAACUAAGUUAUUAACUCACGUUUGGGGUUUUUAUGUGUCUUAUUGUAAUGGUAUUAUUUAUUUGUUUCCACUGAAGUUAAUGGUGAAAGGUGAAAAUGCUGAAUAUGCUAUGCUAUUAG